AGGCAGAUCAAGCGACAGACUCGCACGAGCCUCUGGAGAGGAAAGUUGCCAGUUCCCCUUGUUGCUGAGAGCUGCAGCACACAGAACAACAUGAAAACUGUGUCUGCACAAUCCUUGCUCCUCAUCUCCACUUUCCUGUUCCUCUGUGCAGCUGCAGAAUUGCAGGCACCUGUCAUCCACACCAAGCUGGGAAGCCUGAGGGGUGAUGUAUUGACCGUGAAGGGAACAGAGAAUAAGGUUCAUGCCUUUCUGGGUGUCCCCUUUGCAAAACCACCUGUGGGCCCUGCACUGAGACUGGCACCACCUCAGGCUGUGGAAGGAUGGGAGGGAGUAAGAGAUGCCACCAAACAGCCUCCCAUGUGUAUCCAAGACAAAGCACUGAGUGUGGAAAUGUUUGAAGAGAUUUUAGGAAUUAAAGUUGAAAUCCCUGAGGUGUCAGAAGACUGUUUGUUCCUCAACAUCUACACUCCUGCAACCAGACCUCACGAUGCCAAACUCCCGGUCAUGGUCUGGAUCCAUGGAGGAGGUUUUGUAAUGGGCUAUGCUACAAUGUAUGAUGGAUCUGCCCUGGCUGCCUAUGAGAAUGUAGUUGUAGUGUCAAUCCAGUACCGCCUGGGAGUACUUGGCUUUCUAAGCACUGGUGACGAGCACAUGGCAGGAAACUGGGGCAUGCUGGACCAAGUGCAGGCCCUGAAGUGGGUCCAGGAGCACAUCCACAACUUUGGUGGAGCCUCUAACUCAGUCACCAUAUUUGGAGAGUCUGCCGGUGGAGUGAGCGUGUCCCUUCUGCUUCUCUCACCAUUGACCGAGGGGCUGUUCCACAAAGCGAUUGCUGAGAGCGGCACUGCUGCUAUGGAGCCUCUUGUGCAAGAGAACUCUCUUGCGAUCACGCAGAUGGUUGCAAACAUGUCUGGAUGUAGCGUUGAAUCCACAGAGAAGAUCGCAGAAUGUAUGAAGAACCUGGAUAUGGAAAAACUUAACCCUGUGGUCAAGGAGCAAACACUGAGGUAUUCUAUAAUCAGGGACGGACACUUUCUGACAAAACCAGUGAAACAGCUGUUUGAGAAUCAUGAGUUUCUCAAGGUGCCGUUCAUCACAGGCAUAAACGAUGACGAAGGGGGCUAUUUAAUGCCACGUUACCUUGCAACCCCAAACUGGACGGAGGGACUGGACCGGGAGCAAGUGUCAAACACACUGUCAGCAUUUCUUCCUGAUGUCAAAGUAAGAGAGCUGGUGCUGGAGGAAUACGGGGUGACCUCUGAUGACCGAGUGAAAAACAGAGACGCUCUCACUCGGUACAUAGGAGAUCUUUUUUUCAACAUUCCAGCUGUUGUCACGGCCAAUGCUCACAGAGACGCCGGUGCUCCUGUAUAUCUGUACGAGUACAGGUAUAUCCAUUCUCUUUUGAAGUCAACAAGGCCGAGCUUUGUUAGAUGUGACCACGGAGACGACAUCUUUUCAGUGUUUGGUUUCUGUUUCACACAAUCACAUUUUAAAUUACCCGACCCCUGCUUGGUAGAAGAAGAGCAAGUAGCCAGAACCGUGAUGAGCUACUGGGCCAACUUUGCUCGCACCGGGUCUCCAAAUGGGAAGGGUCUGGUUCAUUGGCCAAAGUACGACAAAGAUGAACCAUACCUGGCAAUUGCAGAGGAGCAGGUGGUUGAUCAUCACCUCAAGAAUGAGCACUUUAUCUUCAUGACUGAGACUCUCCCAGAGAAGAUCCAUCAAUUACACUCAACUACCACUCAGGGAAAACAGGACCACAAGGAGCUGUGAUGUCAUUUUGCAUCUUCAUUCCCACUAUUAAA